GACCUGGGCUGCAUCUCCACCACUCUCCCCAAAGCCAUGGCCAAUGCCCUCUGGCACACCAGGCACAUCUCCUACACAGGAUGUGCUGCACAGGUCUUUUUCUUUUUCUUUUUGUUUUCAGCAGAGUAUUCCCUUCUCACCAUCAUGUCCUAUGACCGCUACGUUGCCAUCUGCAAGCCCCUGCACUACGGGACCCUGCUGGGCAGCAGAGCUUGUUCCACCAUGGCAGCAGCUGCCUGGGGCACUGGGCUUCUCUAUUCCCUGCUGCACACUGCCAAUACAUUUUCACUGCCUCUGUGCCAAGGCAAUGCUGUGGAUCAGUUCUUCUGUGAAAUCCCCCACAUCCUCAAGCUCUCCUGCUCAGGAUCAGAAUUUCUAAGGGAACUUGGUCUCCUCAGUACUAGUGCCUUUAUUGGUGUUGGAUGUUUUGUUUUCAUUGUUGUGUCCUAUGUGCAGAUCUUCAGGGCCGUGCUGAGGAUGCCCUCUGAGCAGGGACGGCACAAAGCCUUCUCCACGUGCCUCCCUCACCUGGUUGUGCUCUCCCUCUUUGUCAGCACUGCCAUGUUUGCCUACCUGAAGCCCCAUUCCAUUUCUUCCCCACCUGUGGAUUUGGUGGUGGCUGUUCUGUAUGCAGUGGUACCCCCUGUAAUGAAUCCACUUAUUUACAGCAUGAGAAACAAGGAGCUCAAGGUUGCUCUGUCAGAACUGAUGAACAAAUGUGUUUCAAAAGCAAUGAACUGCUCAUAUUUUUCUGUAUGUCAUCUGUAA